AUGCACGUCAAGCUCUUCCCCGACACGCAGCAGACCCCAGGCGUGCUGGUCAUGCGCGUCGACGCGCCCUUCUUCUUCGCCAACGUGGAGUCCAUCCGCGACGGCAUCGUGCGGCGCGUGGAGGAGGCCCAGGCCACGCCCGAGGCCGAGUCCGGUGCCGCGCCCGUGCGCUACGUAGUGCUGGACAUGGGCGCGGUGACCGACGUGGACGCCACCUCCAUCCACUGGCUCACAGAGUUUGUGUAUGACCUCAAGUCCGAUCUGGGGGUGCAGCUGGUGCUGAGCAACCUCACCCGCCCCGUCCUGCGCGCCAUCAAGAACGGCAAUGUGCACCGGCGCCUGGGCCCGGACCACAUCUUCGUGGACACCAACGAUGCGGUGGUCACCCUGUCCACCGGGCUCAAGCAGGGCAGGGUCGACAAGGCCCUCUGA